AUGACAGGAGAAGCUAGUGUUAAAAACGACACGAAUUUCAGCGAAUUAGAGCUAAACGGUACAUCCAUACAGUCGGAUGAGCAUGCAAACGAGGAUCCGCGUACGGGUCUGAAAAGGGCCCUGAAGGACAGACACAUUUCUCUGCUGGCGCUGGGCGGCGUCAUUGGUCCAGGAUGUUUGAUAGGGGCGGGAAAUGCAUUAGCUAAAGGAGGACCUUUGGCGCUAUUGUUGGGUUUCGGAAUCGUAGGCCUUGUGUGUUUUGCUGUUAUGGAAUCAAUUGGUGAACUCACAACGCUAUACCCGUCCGGAGGGGGCUUCACGAGCCUCGCCCGGAAAUUUCACAGCGACGGGCUCUCCGCGGUCUGCGGUUAUGCGUACAUAGUGGUGUUUUUCGCGGUUUUGGCCAACGAAUACAACACUUUGUCGUCCAUUUUGCAGUUUUGGGGUCCUCAGGUUCCCACGUAUGGCUAUAUCUUGAUAUUUUGGGCAUUCUUUUUGGCUUUUCAGAUGGUGGGAGUUGGCGCAUUUGGUGAGUGUGAAUAUUGGUUGGCCUGGUUCAAGAUUUUGGGCCUUGUUGCAUACUACAUUUUCUCUGUCAUUUACGUUUCUGGAGGCAUUCCCGGCAAACCAGCCUUUGGUUUCCACUAUUGGAACAGCCCCGGUGCGUUGUCUAAUGGGUUCAGAGGUGUUGCAGUGGUUUUCGUAUUCUGCUCAACUUUUUACUCAGGAACAGAAUCCGUCGCUUUGGCCGCUACUGAGAGUAGAAAUCCUCGAAGAGCUGUACCUCUUGCUGUGAGACAAACAUUCUGGAGAAUUCUGAUAGUUUACAUGGGCAUAUCGAUUUUCUACGGUGUAACAGUGCCAUAUGACGAUGUCAACCUUGGGUCUAGCUCCAAGACAUUGAAAUCCCCCGUUGGAAUCGCGAUAGUAAGAGCCGGUUGGCCUGGCGGCGUGCACUUGGUGAAUGCUUUUAUCCUAGUGACAUGUGUUUCAGCAAUCAACAGCUCUCUGUACAUUGGGAGCCGGACCAUUAGCCAUUUAGCUCAUGAAGGUUUAGCACCCAAAUUCUUAGCCUGGACUAAUAAGAGAGGCAUACCUGUUAACGCUUUGCUUGCCUUCAACCUGCUGGGUCUCAUUUCUCUCAUGAAUGUAAGCGUUGGUGCUGCGGACGCCUACGAUUAUAUUGUGAAUUUAUCGGGUGUUGGUGUCUUUAUUGUUUGGGGUAUUAUCUCUUACACGCACAUUCGUUUUCGCAAGGCGUGGGCCAUGCAGGGUCGUUCGCCCGCCGAGUUGCCGUACAAGUCUUUGCUGUAUCCUUGGACGCCAAUCAUUAGCCUGGCUGCGAACAUUUUCCUUGGGUUGAUUCAAGGUUGGACGACGUUCUCACCGUUUUCUGCCGCGGAUUUUGUUGACGCCUAUGUGCUACUGCCAGCUGGUGUCAUACUUUUUUGGUUAUUGCCUUAG